CUCCGACGGACUAUCCAACUUCAACAAUGGCAACUGCCGGUGCCAGACUCGUCCACUCGAUCGCCCCGUUUCGCAGGCGCAGAGGCGCGGCUUUAUCUCAUCCGCCGUGGGUGGGGCUGUUUCGCCCUCCAAACAGAGACUUGCGAGCAUUUUCCUCCACCUUGUCUCCGCCUUCCAAGGCCGUCGUCUACGAGGAGCAUGGCCCUCCAGAUGCCGUCUGCAAAGUGAAAGAACUGCCCCCCGUACCAAUGAAGGACGACGACGUUUGUGUCAGGAUGCUCGCAGCUCCGAUAAAUCCCUCCGACAUCAAUCGAAUUGAAGGUGUAUAUCCUGUGAGGCCACCUGUUCCUGCUGUAGGUGGAUAUGAGGGCGUAGGGGAGGUACAUUCUGUAGGCUCUGCCGUUAAAGGACUUAACCUUGGCGAUUGGGUCAUCCCUUCACCACCUUCUUCAGGUACAUGGCAGACUUUUGUGGUCAAAGAGCAAAGUGUGUGGCAUAGAAUUGAUAAAAGCACACCCAUGGAGUAUGCUGCCACCAUAACUGUUAAUCCUUUGACUGCACUGAGAAUGCUAGAGGACUUUGUGGAUCUAAAAUCAGGCGAUGCUGUUGUUCAGAAUGGUGCUACAAGCAUUGUGGGGCAAUGCAUCAUUCAGCUUGCAAAGCUUCGAGGCAUCCAUUCUAUCAACAUCAUAAGGGACAGGGCAGGAUCUGAUGAAGUAAAAGAAAAGCUAACAAGACUGGGUGCUAGUGAAGUUUUUACAGAGAGCCAACUGGAAGUUAAAAAUGUGAAGAGUCUUUUGGGUGAUCUACCAGAGCCAGCAUUAGGAUUUAACUGUGUUGGUGGCAAUGCUGCUUCCUUGGUCCUCAAAUUCCUGAAGCAUAGUGGGACAAUGGUUACAUAUGGUGGAAUGUCGAAAAAGCCUAUAACAGUCUCUACUACAUCUUUCAUAUUCAAGGAUUUGCAGCUGAGAGGAUUCUGGUUGCAAAAAUGGUUGAGUUCGGAGAAAGCGAAAGAGUGCAGGGAGAUGAUUGAUUACCUUUUGGAUCUAACCCGUCGUGGUGAGCUAAAAUACGACAUGGAGGUUUGUCCAUUUGAUGAAUUUGGUGCAUCAUUGGAGAAGGCCCUUGGGAAGUUGGGAAGUCAUCCCAAGCAAGUUCUCAAGUUCUGAUUAUUAUUAUUAUUAUUAUUAUUAUUAUUAUUACUAAUAUCGGAACCACUGGAAACACUACAAAUACACUUCGAUAUAUCUGUCUGUUUGCAACUAACGGUUGAUGGAUAGCUGUUAGGAAGCAGUAAUAAAACCUUCUGUUUUAACAGGUCACAAUCCAAGAAAGUUAUCAGA